AUUGUACCUUGUGAUAAACAAGUCGCAAGAGUUUGAAUAAUUUAAUUACUGAUCAAAACAUAAUGUAUAAUCAUUUAGCUUAAGUGUUUGUUUUAUUGUUUGAUUUUACUCAUUUUGUUAAAUUUUAUUCCUCGACAAGAUGGUUCAAGAAUAUCAGUCUCCUGUUCGUGUUUAUAAAUAUCCCUUCGAAAUAGUUAUGGCUGCUUAUGAAAGAAGGUUCCCCACUUCACAUUUAAUACCAGUAUUUGUUGGAAGUGAAGUAACUGCUGAUUCUACCUCAUCGGAUGGUUCUAUUAGGACAACAGAAAGACGAUGUAAACUUGUAGUUGAAGCCCCUUAUCUUAUUAAAAAAAUUAUUGGUGUAGACUUUGUAUACUUUAUACAGAAAAACAUUUUAAAUAUGAGAGAACGUUAUUUAAAUAUUGAAGCAACAAAUGAAACUUUUUCAAAUCGAGUUCAUGUUCUAGAAACAUGCCGUUAUUAUGUUCAUCCAGAAAAUUCAGAAUGGACUUGUUAUGAACAAAGUGCUCUAUUAGAUAUUAAACAUUUUUUGGGUUUUGAGCAUACUAUGGAAAAAUUAGGUAUGAAACAAUACAUCCACAAUAUUUCUAAAGGUAAAGAAAUUAUAGAAUAUUAUAUUGAUGAAUUGAAAAAAGAAGGAAUUACUAGUGUUCCUCGAUGGGUAUCUAAUGGAGAUGAUCAACUUUGUGUGAAGUUAUCAGAAAUCAAUCAAGUCAGUAUAUGUAAAGAUAGUCCUACAAAUUCAGAUACUCAAUCAAAGAUAUGGUUAGAAGAUGAAUAUAUUAAAAGAUACAUAGGUGAAUUGACACCUUUCCAAGAAUCAAAAUUAGUUCAAUUUAAGAAACAAUUAUCUCAAUUACAAAAAUCUAAAUUACCUAGUGAUACAACUUUAUUACGAUUUUUAAGAGCUACAGAUUUCAACAUUGAAAAAGCUAGGGAAAAUCUAUUACAGUCACUUUCAUGGCGUAAAAAGCAUAAUAUUGACAAUAUUUUAUCAGAACAUGAAUUCCCUGAAGUAGUCAAAACAUAUUUUCCUUGUGGUUGGCAUUAUUAUGACAAAGAAGGACGGCCAUUAUAUAUUUUACGAUUAGGACAAAUGGAUGUCAAAGGUCUAUUAAAAUCUGUUGGUGAAGAUUGUCUGUUAAAACAAGCUAUGCAUAUUUGCGAAGAAGGUUUAAAGUUAACAAAAGAAGCUACACAUACAUCAGGCAAACCUAUUACUACUUGGUGUUUAUUGGUUGAUUUAGAAGGUUUAAAUAUAAGACACUUAUGGCGACCUGGUGUAAGUGCAUUACUUAGAAUAAUUGAAAUUGUUGAAUCAAAUUAUCCAGAAACUUUAGGAACAAUGCUUAUUAUACGGGCACCACGAGUAUUUCCAGUGUUAUGGACUUUAGUGAGCACUUUUAUUAAUGAAACUACUCGAACUAAAUUUUUGUUUUAUGGAGGUAAUGACUAUCAAGCAUCUGGGGGUCUUGAUGAGUUUAUUUCUUCUGAAUACAUGCCAGAUUUUCUUGGGGGUAAAUGCAUAUCAAAAAUUCCUGAAGGAGGUUUCGUGCCAAAAACAUUAUAUUUAAAAGAUGGAGAUUUAGAAAAAGAAGCAUGUACAAUUACAGAUGAGAGUAUUUAUGAAUCUGUAACCCUAACAAAAGGACAGUCUCAUGAAGUAUUUGUUGAAGUUGAAGAAUCUGGAUCUAUAAUAACAUGGGAUUUUGAUGUUAUGCGUCAGGAUAUCAGUUUUAAUGUAUUACUGCUUCUUAUAGAAGUUCAACCAUCUACUCUUCUAAGUUGUACUAGGGGCAAUCUUAAUACAAUGGAAAAAGGAUGGAAAGAAGGUGAACAUUAUGAAAAAGUUGAACAGACUAUCAUAUGUCAUGAUGGUGAAAGUAUUCAAGGUUCACAUCUUGUAUCUAAAAGUGGAACAUAUGUCUUGCAAUGGUAUUGGUCAUCAGAAAAUACUAAUGCUACUAUUGGGUAUCAUACUAAAGCUAAAAUAAUGUACUAUUAUGAAAUGUUAAAAUCUGCUGAUUAUAGAGGAUCAAUGUCUAGUUUAAUGUCAGCAAACAGCAAAUUUUCUAGUCUAAGUAACAGAUGAUAGAAAAAAAGAUAUAGUUACAUAUAUUUAUAGAUAGUUAUUUUAAAAACGAAUUUUCAAUGGAAUUGAUAAGGACCAUACAUAAAAAAAUUACUGUUCAUUACUCUCUUAAAGAAAGUAAAGACUGGAAAGUAUGAAAAAAAUAUAUUAGGUUUAUUUUAUUUUUUUAUUAUUUAUUUAAAUUUUAAUAUUACUUUAAUACAUUUUUUAAUUUAUUUAAGUUAAUUAUUCAUGUAUUCAUGUAUUCAUGACUUAGUAUACUUUUUUUUUAUUCACUAAUUAAUUGACAAAUUAUUUAAUUAUAUUAUAUUUAUCUUAGUCUUUCUUGUAUGGUCCUUCUGGACAAUAUUAAUUUUAUUGUAGAUUCUUAUUAUACAGAAUGUUCAGUAAGUAAGGAAACAGGUAAAUUGUUAUAAACAAUGAGAACAAUAGAAACCCAUUUCCUUACUUACUGAACGCUCUAUAUAAUUUCUAAGGUAAUCAUAAAUGUCAGUUAUCUUAAUAUCUAGUGUAUUGUUUAUUAAUUUAAGAUAUUAACAAAAUCUCAACAAUUAUCAUGUAUUUUAUUUGAAUAUAUAUAUAUAUAU